CGGUUCGAUCAGAAAUGCAAACACGUAGAUGCAUCUGGGUACAGGAAGGGUGCACUGAGGGUGCGCGUAGGAGAGAUCAGUUGUGCAAAGGAGGCUAACGCCCAGCUGCCCGGCAGAUCGCGGGUUCGUACGUAUGCGAUAACAUUCCGACAAUCUUUGUUCAAUUGUUAAUCGUCUCAGACGUCUCAGAGUAUAAGAUCGAUUCUUGGGGUAACACGUACCCCUUAUGCGUGCAUUUUUACCUCAUCUAACGCGUUUGAUUCGGCAUAACCCAGCAGUGGGUUAUUUCAUUUCAAGCUAAAUUUUUGAAAGACAUGCAUCAUCUGUGGCUGAUAAUUACCUUACACUAUGGAACGGCAAAAGCUUUUAUCCUCCAGCAUUGUACUAAACAGUUGCAACACAGGAUCUUGAAAAACGACUAGAAAUGACUUUAUACACCUGCAGAUAUAUACACGGAUUUCUCUUCAAGGCUUGAAUCGUCCUCACGAACGUUGUUUUCAUGUGAAAAUGAAGUGUAAGGGUGUAACGAUAAGAUAUGUAUGUGGAAGGACGAAUAUAUUUUGAAGUGUGAAGAAGAGAGGCUAUUUUGAUUGUUCAAAGUGGGGACAUAGGGGUUGAUUCAAAACACAGACCAGUCUUUUUAUUGUAAUUACAUCCUGCUUAAUUCUUGAACCACUGUAUGUGAACCACUUGAAACGACACCUUUUCGUCUGAAUCAGAAAGAUGAAGCUUCUCUGUUACGUGUGCUGUCUGAGCUUAAUAGGAGGUUCCAGGACGAACGAGGUGUCGUGUGGAGAUCGUCUGACGGCACCAAGGGGUGUGAUCCAAAGCCCGAAUUUCCCCGGCUCGUUUCCGGUUCCCAUAAAGUGUCGUUGGGUGAUCGACGUGUCUGACAUUCCAGCGGCUAACAGCUCCAUUGUUGUCUACUUGACGCAGGUCUACGUCUACAAAGGACUCAGUUUCACCGAAUAUGCUUAUUACGAAUCGGAGAACAUGAACUUUGGAGCCACGUUGAUCAAGGAGAUCACCGAGGGCAACGUGUUCGAAUAUCGUUGGUUCAGAACGUUCAGACCGUUUCUAGUCGUGGAAUUCGAACUUGAUCGGCUCGAGGGUAAUCACGUACGGGUUCUGAACGAUCUGCUGGAUGUGUACGGGUUCAAUGUCACGUAUCAAAUGACCGAGGACGUGCCGAAUUCGAAUUCCUGUUCUGUUCAACGAUGUUCUUACACCGGCGAUUGCCUCGUGUCCGCGGACUACACGAAUUUCUGGUGCAACUGUUUCGACGGCUUCAGCGGAAAGGACUGCAACGAAGGACCUCUCUGUUUCGAGGAUGAUCACAAUGCUGUCUGCCAAAACGGAGGCACUUGCAAGCAAAUUGGAGCAGAAGCGAUGAAUUGCCAUUGCCUCGACGGCUAUGUUGGACGUUAUUGCGAGAUUCGUCUUCUGGACACGAUUGACGGUGAAUGCCGAAUCGAGAAUUGCAUAAUGCAGUGUCCUUACGACGAAGACGAACAAGAACCGUGCACCUGUAAAAACGGUACCAAGAUCUAUAACAAUCGUUCGAGAUACGAGUGCAGAAUCAAAUUAUCUAACGUGACAUCUUUACGAAGCGGAUUGAUAACGCAACACGGUAGCUUGGAGUCUUACAUCGGUAAACAGCUUGCAAAAUACUUAAGGAAUUCUAAUAUCUCGUCCAUGGAGGAUUUACAAAUCCUGAGCGUGACACCCACGUCGGAGAUUACCUUCCAUUUCUUCGGGAAUUCGGAAGAUGGAGACAAGAUUCGGGAAUCUCUCAACAAACUGGUGCAACGUCGACGACUUAGCGAGAUCUCCCUCGAGUCGACUCAUUUCACGUUUCAACAAAAGCCAGCUCUAAAAUUGCAGAGUCUCCGUCUGAAUCAGGGAAACGAACACGAGGUUCAUCUCGGGGACCAAUUCAUCUUAUCUUGUAUCGCUCAAGGUAGCUAUGGAAUAAACUUCACCUGGUACAAGGACAACAUGCUGGUGAACAUGCACAAGGCUACCAGAGAAAUCUGGCACAGGCAUCUUCCAAACGAUGGUUCCGACUUCCAUACGUCGGUAUUAACCAUCGAGAAAGCAGCCUUGUUGGACGCGGGUCAGUAUACUUGCCAGAUAAUUGAUUGGGGUGUACAACAAUGUAAAACUAUUUAUGUCGAUGUAAGAGAUGAGCCAAACGUGAAAGUAAUGCCCAUGAGCGCUACCAUAGACAAGGGAAACAAUAUACAAUUGACGUGCAUGACUCCUAAUAUGCCCAACAUUGACAUAGGAUUCGGUUGGACCAAGAAUAGAGCCCUCCUUAAACUGGAACCCGGUAGCGAAGUGUGGGAGGAUCUUUAUCCAGCGGGUAGUAUAUUGAAAAUCACAAAUGCACAGAAAUCAGCGAUAUACACGUGCAACGUGGCAGACAAGUCCAUGUCCGUCCGAAUGGAAGUCGUCAAUCGAACGCUAAUACCCAUUUGCUUGAAAGGAAAGUCUUGGGGAUUAGAUUGGCCGGAUACGGCUCCUGGUUCCGAAGCAUUGUUAGAGUGUCCACAGCAUUUUGUAGGGAAGAAAGUGUCCAGGCUGUGCUCUAUGAAAGAUGCGACCACACCUGAAUGGCAAAUACCUGAUUUUUCUUCUUGCUUGUAUGAGCCACUCACCUCCUACUACAACAAGUUUAAGAGUCUGACACUGGGUUAUCAGAAUACAACUGGUUCUGAAACGAUCUAUGGUUUCUGGGAAAUCUUACGAUCACGUAGUAUACCACUUUAUCCUGGAGAAGGUGAUCGCAUUCUGAGUAUAUUGGCUGAGGUUGAACGUUACCAGCGUAACAUCGAGCCAUCAGACUUACCUGCAUCCACGGAUGCGCUUAUACGAAUCAUUAGUCGAAUAUUAAACGACAAAAAUUCAAUCUUAAGUCAACAGAAAGUUUUACUAUUGCUGCAAAUCACGCGGAAAAGCUUGGCUUGCUGGACCAAGUCUGGUACUCAUCCUUACAAGCAUCUAUCUCUUCCUUCACUGGUGGUAGAUGUCCAAGAAUUACAACAACACAGCGGCGAUAGCAUCACGCAUUCUCUUCAGAUCUCUGCAGAUGAUUCCACGUAUCCAAAUUGGUAUGACGAUAAAACGACCAUACGAUUAUGGAAGAAACGACUACGUGGCGUAAAGACCAACGACACCCUUAGCGGAAUCGUGAUCGUUUACAAGAACGUGUCCCAUUUUCUUCCAACUACCUACGUCAAAGAACUUGACGAUGGAACAGAUCUCGAAUUUCGCAUUAACUCUCGCAUCAUCACUGUGGUAGUACCUGCCUUCAGUCUUGAUAAGCAUAACAAGAUAUGGGUUGAUCUGCAGAUGAAGCAUGUGCAGAAUCAGUCAAAUUCUUGGAAUGUGUCCUGCGGCCUUAUGGACGACACAGGAACUUGGGAUCUAAACAGUUGUAUCGCUAACACCUUGCCAGGAGACUCCACUACUCAUUGUUUGUGUCCUAAUACCGGCACGUUUGCAAUUUUUCUUACGGCACGUGCAGUGAGAGUAGUGCUUGCUAAAAAGGAGCAAACCACGUUCAUUGUAAUAUUCGGCUGUGGUAGCUGUUUACUACAGUGUCUUCUUUCCUCCUUGAUUCUUGGAUCCUUUUGGUGGAGGCAUCGAAGUUGGUUGAACUUCCUAAAGCUGCAGUGUUGCGGUGCUUUGGUUGGAGCGAUGGCGGUAUUUAUUUACGCUGUACACAACAAUCUGCCAGAGAGUUCGUACGCAAUUGUGGCAAUAUCUUUGGAAGCAUUCCUUUUGAUCGGCAUGUCUGCACCGAUAUCAGAAGCUUUGAUCAUCUUUGCUGGUUUGACGCAAGUUCGAUCCAAUCAUCACUUCCAACCCACCGUUAUUGCAGUAAUUACUGGUGUACCCAUCUUAGCUGUGCUAACUACGGAAUUAACGCACAAGAGUACUGGUUGGAGACACGAAUCGUGGUGGUUGAUCUUUGGUAGCGGAGUUUACAAUAUAUUCGUCACUUGUGCCACGAUGAUGUUUCUUAUAUUCGCAUUAUUAUACUUGGGAAUCCUGCACAAGGCUCAUGCGCUUGUCGAAGAAAAUGUAAUGAAAAAAGAAGCGAUCGAGGCAAGGUUACGAAUGCUUCAUCGAGCGGCUAUUGUCAUCUGUGGUGUAAUCGCAAUGGAAGCUUCCUCCAUCUUCUACAUAAACUCCAGUUCUAUUAUCUUUCAUUAUACAUUUGCUUCUCUUUCUUCAUUUUUGGGAUUCAUCAUAGUGAUAGUUUAUAUCGUGAACGGUGAAUUGGCGAUCAUCGAUUUGAUCCUGCGGAAAUUAACAUGGAAACGAGAUACCGAGGAAGAAAUAACAUCCGAGCCAAUUAAAGUGUGUUCGAAGAGUGCAGAGGUUGAGAAUGACACAGCACCGCCUCCUUCAACGUUGAGCUUCGGGGAGUCUUAUUUAGAAGCUCGCGGUAUUGCAGCUGGCAGUAUAGAUAUGCGAGAAUUUAUAAACGAGUCCACAUCGUCGUAUUCGAAGCCUUCUGUGUCCGUCGCCGGUAGAUUCUUGCCAGAGAUACGAAUCGAUCGUUCGGACGAUAUAAAUCUUGAAAAUUACAACACCAGUCCACGGAAGUAUCAGGAGACGAUCGCAGCAUUCGACGGCAUGUUCUCUGCGCGUAGUUCCCACUGUGUAAACGAACCACCUUACGGCACCGGUGAAUGUUGUGGCUUCCGAGAAUACGGCAAAUAUCGGGAGUCGCAGGGACAGAUUUUUAUCGCUCACAAUCCGUCACCAGAAAGCGCGGCUAAAGUUUUAUGCAGCGCCGAUGUUGAGUCCCGUUUAAGCGGCAUGCCGGACGUUACCUUGGCCGUGAAAACUGACAUUGAACUCUUGUCCACGACAGAGCUGAAGAGCAGAGAACACGUGAACGUGAUCCCUGAUAUAGCGAACACAGCUGAACGUAAGCAACCAGACGGAGAAGAGAAUACACCUGAAAUAGUAAUUACAAAUUGCGAGGCUACAACUAGCGGGAUGCUCGAUCGUAUUGCCCAUGAUCUUGAUUACUUGCUGAACCGUACACACUCCACGGAUGGAACUUAGGCAUAAGCUUAGACUGUGCCUGAGCAAUUCGAUGUCCCUUGGGCAGUUAUUUUAUCGCCACGAGCAAUCGCUUGCCGCAAAAAAGUUUAAACAGUGCUGUCCAAGACUGGGCUCCUUUUCAGUCUCCCAUUACUCGCAUCAUCCGUCAAUUUUUUGUAACGUAUACACAUCUAAUCUUUAUUGAACACCAGACAGCACUGGUUUAGAAUGUUUGAUAGUGCAUAUAGGCGACGUGUUUCAUGAGAUGAGCAGGAAAUUUAGAUUCGAUCAGGUCAAGAAUGCAUAAUGAAUGACAAAGCUGGUUUCUUAACAUUUUAGUAAUUACACAGCGUCUAAUAACGCACAUUAAAUUCAAAAUAUGUUUAAGGUACAUCUGGCCAAUCGAUUGACAAAGUGUUGAGAAAACUUCUUGCUGUUCAGGUUUCACUUUCAAACCAAUUUCUGUGUAGGAGGGAACAAGAAAUCGUUUGAAAAAUAUUAAAUGGAAACAGUACUGUCUUAUCUGUUUCACAAAGUAUUGCUUUAUUUACUAUUAGAUGAUGAAGGAAUCAGGUAGCAAGUAAGGAAAUUGUGAAGUUUUAACGAUGAAUUUUAUCAAGUACGUGUUCAAACGAAUAAACGAACAGCGGUAAUUUUAAAAAAAUAUUAUUAUUAUCAUUAUCGUCAUCAUCAUCAUCAUCAUCAUCAUCAUCAUCGUCGUCGUCGUCGUCGUCGUCGUUAUUUAUAAUGUUACUCAAUGUUUCAUCACGUAACAAAGACCUAGCAUUGUAAAAGUAUUACAUUAAGCCUGCAGCGUAUUAAGCUAAACAAAUAAGAAAAUUGUACAAUUUAUUUACUUAUUUUACAAUACGUAUACACUCUUUCAUCUUUCUCAUUAAAUAUUCUAAAAAAGUUCAUCCGUAAAGAACUUUUAUAUCGAAAAGACAUUUCACGUUUCUCCUUCAGCUAUAACGUUACAGGAAUAAAUUUUUAUAAAACGUAUCAUUUUGGAUUCGUGUUUCCCUAAUCGUGUUUCUAAUCGUUUGUCG